GUAGAAGAAGAAGAGAAGAUUGGAUUAGAAUCAAAACCCCGGCGAUCCUAAAUCUCAAUUACCGACCACCCACCGCUUUUUCACAUAUAUAAUAUAUACAUAUGGUUUGUUUAGGAAUGGCGGUAGUUUCAAUGUCGUUUGAACGAUCCUUACCUUCUGAUCUCUCCGCCGCCGUAGCAUCCUCCUCCUCCUCUCGCCGCCGUGACCUCGUUUUCAUCGUCAAUCCUCGAGGUGCUAAUGGACGGACGGGGAGAGAAUGGAAGAAGCUGUUGCCAUACCUCAGGUCUCGUCUCGGUAGCGAUUGUAAUAUCUGCGAAUCUAUGACUUCGGGUCCAUCUCAUGCGAUAGACAUAACAAGAGAGGCUAUACGUGAGGGUGCCGAUGCAGUUGUUGCAGUUGGGGGAGAUGGGACUCUCCAUGAGGUUGUUAAUGGAUUUUUCUGGGGUGGAAAACCAGUUUCUAAACAUGAUUCGAAGGACCUACAUACCACAGCCCUCGGUUUAAUCCCAUUGGGAACUGGGUCUGAUUUUGCAAGAACAUUUGGCUGGACAAAUGAUCCUGUUGACGCCAUUGAACGCUUAGUCAAAGGGUCUAGGUCACGAAUUGAUGUAGGAGUAAUCACUAAAGAAGGUGGAGAUCUCCAUUACUUUAUAAAUGUUGCCGAUAUUCAUCUGAGUGCAAAAGCAGGUUAUCAUGCAUCUAAAUACAAAAGAUUUGGGAACUUGUGUUAUGUUAUUGGUGCACUGCAAGCCUUUUUUGGGCAUCACAACCAUGAUUUGAAGAUCAGAGUCAAUGACGGCGAGUGGGAAGUAUAUCCCCAGGUAACUGCUCUGUGCGUCGGAAAUGCUCAAUUCUUUGGUGGUGGAAUGAGGAUCACUCCUAAUGCCCACCCUUCAAGUGGAGACUUUGAGGUGGUGACACUUCAGGAUUUUAAAUGGUAUGACUUUAUUCUGAAACUACAUAGGCUUUACAACGGAACACAUUUAUCGGUGAAGAAUGUCUUGUCAAGAAGGGCCUUUUCAAUUGAAGUAGAGGAGGUCAUGGGCACUGGCAGCAUCUUUGUUCAAUCUGACGGAGAGCAUCUGGGAUUCCUUCCAAGAAAAUUGUCGAUUCUGCCCGAUGUUAUCAGCAUGAUUUGCUAACAUAAAGUUCUCGAGAUCAUUUUUGUUCUUGAAGCAUCCAGUCAGAUAUCAUUAUUCGUGCGAAAACAUUCAGUCGGCUUUCCAACCUCAUUUUGGUCUAAAAUCGAAUUAUCAUACGAUGAUCUAGAAAAGCAGCAUGUCAAAAUGAAAUCCAAGUUCAUAAAUCAUAAGCAAUGUCAGUAUGCUGUUUGGCUAAAUUGGUAAAUCUAUUUCCCCCAUAUGUAGAGGUAGUAUAAUUUAUUUCAUGUUCACAAAUAGCAACUGAUUUGUAAUUUCUAUCUUGAACCAGUUUACUUUUACUUUUCA